AUGUCUAUAAUAAGGGUGGGUUCGGGUGGCUCAAUUGUCGAGCACAGAAAGGGUGGUAAAUGGAUGGAUGAGGAAACCAGAAUAAAUAAAGCAAAUGUUAAUAAGGCCUGGAAGAAAUUUAAGCAGAACAAAUCCAGCAAUGAUAAAGAAUCGGAUUUAAAACUGUUGAAUGAUUAUAUAGAUAGUAAAAAGAAUUGUAAGAAGCUGAUGGGUGUAAAAAAGAAAUUGUGUUUUGAGAAUAUAAGGUCGAGAAUUGCGAAUGUGAAAAAUAUGGGUGAAUUUUGGUUAACGGUGAAAGAAGUCGGUAGGAAAUAUUCAGGGGGAAAUGAUGUAUCAAGGGAAAAAUGGGAGGAAUUUUAUCGCAAUAUGUAUCCGCCCCGGGCUCGUUGCAGCCUCCUUCUUAUGGACGUUAGACACCAGGAACUAGAUGCGGUAAUUAGCUUGGCUGAACUUGAAUCAGCACUUAAAACUUCGAAGAAUAAUACGGCCCCUGGCCCUGAUCUAGUUUCGAGCGAAUUCUGGAAAGCAUUGCCAGACGCGGGAAAAAUGGAAGUUCUUUCCCUGUUGAAUGAGGUCUUUGAGAGGGAGGUUGUACCCGAGUCGUGGCCCAGCGCAGCCCUUACAAUGCUCUAA